UGGCAUUGAUUUUAAUGUUAUAAACUGCCUAUUAAUAUCGAAAUUACGAGAGUGUUUUAAUACUUAUCAAUAAGAAGAUUUGAAAAGAAAUUAUUAAAGAAAAGGAAACAGAGAUAACGAUGAAUUGGCGGCAGAUUGGAUAUUUAAUUUACGGGACGAUGCUAUUAUAUGCGAUUACAUUCUCACCCAAGUUUUCUGUUACGAUAUCAUUGGAUACUAACCAUCCCAUGAGCGUCAAUACUUUGCUUCGGUUCUCAUUGCAAAACGUUCUGAUUUCAUUUGCGUUCAGCUUGUUGGCCUUUAUUCCGGCAUAUCAAAGAAUUUGCACAAGCUGUUGGUGGCAAAAGACCUGGUUUAAGGUCAUGGUUAUGCCCUGGUUCAGUGCCUGUGUCCUGAUGUUUGUGAGGAACGUUGUGCUAUUCUCUAAAUGCAUUUACCUCACCGAGAGCAUUCCCGUACGCGACUCCCUAAUAAGAGCCCUCUUAUUCUACAUUGCUAUGAUGGGAUUCGCCGUCGAGCUGAUUUGUCACUGGCAUGCAGUUUAUCGUUACCAAAAAUAGCUGCUAAUGAAUAACAAUAAUACUCUCAACUGAGCUGUGUAUGGCUCACCUACACAUACAUAUGUAUUAUUUCAUUAUAAAUAUAUAUUUUAUAAGAAACUACGGAAUGAUGACGUAUCGUUCAAUUUAAAUUC